AUGGAGGGUAGGACCAGCGCCGGCGAUGCCAUCUCUGCAGACAGGAGGGCUGCAGCAUGCUCCACAGCUCCAUCCAGGACAUUCUGGAUCAUCUUGGCCGUUGCCUUGUUUUUUGCAGUUGUUGGCAUCAGCGUCGGGGGGAUUCUCAGCCUUUCCCCCAGCUCUGCCCAGGCUGACCCGCAGCUCGUCCGGCUAACGCCCCAGGGCCAGCCAGACCCGCUUUGGAACCAGACAGCCUUGGUGGACAAGUCCAGGAGCACCGUCACCUACUACGUGACCUCGCAGCGUCACCGCACCGCCGUGGUGCUGUACGACAGCCGGAACGGCUACGUGUGCUACAAGCCAGCGGAGCCGCGCGCGUGCUACCUGAGGAGGAUGGACGCCUGGGACCGCCGGGCCCUGCAGACGCCUCGCAACGCCUCCGAGCAAAGCGCUGAUCAGCUGCCACAUCAGAAUAACCAGACCCAGUACUACCAGGAGUUCCUGGGCAUUCUGGCAGGGGAACAGGUGGACCCCAAAAGCCUGGGGGAGGCUGUCCAGACCCUGUGUGAGCAGACAUCCAUCUUCUGGGUCAGGAGAGGGGAGGGCCCAGGCAGGCAGCGGCUGAUCUACCUUUGCAUUGACAUCUGUUUUCCAAGCAACAUUUGCGUGUCUAUCUGCUUCUAUUACCUCCCCGAGUAA